AUGUAUCACUAUGGAUCUCAUGAACUUCAACAAUUGAAGGUAUUUAAACGAGUCAAUAAAACCACCGAUACCGUGGUGUUUCUUCAUGGUGGAGGUUGGAGAGACCCUAAUAAUACCUUGAAUGACUUUGAACCUUUGAUGAAGGAUUUUAAUGAUAUCAAUGUGAUAUCGAUGAAUUAUCGUUUAUCACCAAAAGCCAACACUGAUGAAGAAUUGAAAGCAUCUCCACCUUUCCAACAUCCUAGACAUUUGAUUGACGUCAUCCAUGGGAUGAAGUUUAUUGUGGAAAAAUUGAAGUUGAAUAUUGUCCUGAUGGUGGGACAUUCAGUAGGUUCAUCAUUGAUCUUACAAUUAUUGAAUUAUGACAUUAUCAUUAAGAAUGGAUUACCAUCCAAGGGACCUGAGGAGAUUACUACCGAAGGAUUUGAGUUCUUAGAGUCAAUGGUCUUGAAGAAUGUUUACUUACUUGAUGGAAUCUUCGAUGUAUGGAAGUUACUUGAAGAGUAUCCUGAUUAUAGAUUUUUUACCAGAUGUGCUUUUGAAGAUGAUGAUCAUAUGAAACAAGCAUUUCAAAUCUCUUUAGAUAUCAAACCAUGUAAGUUGAUGAAUGAGGAAACUGUCAUAAAUGUGGUUUAUUCCUUAGAAGAUGAAUUGAUCUCUAUAAAACAGUCUGAGCUUUUAGUAGAGUUUUUGAAGAAAUGGGGUAUAAAAUAUGAGUUUCUCACCGGUAAUUGGGGGGCACAUGAGGAGAUUUAUAGGAGAUCAGAGAUAUCAAGUUUAAUCUUGAAAGGUCUUGAAUGA